GAGAGAUUCAUUAUUGUGUGUUUCUGUUCUGACAGAAUGCAAAGUCUGGCGAAAUCCUUUAAAUCUGUUCAGAGGAGCUGAAUAUAAUCGGUAUACGUGGGUUACAGGGAGAGAACCUUUGACUUAUUAUGAUAUGAAUCUUUCAGCACAGGACCACCAGACAUUCUUUACAUGUGACACGGAUCAUUUACGGCCUGCAGAUGCUAUAAUGCAAAAAGCCUGGAGAGAAAGAAACCCCCAAGCCCGAAUUUCUGCAGCACACGAAGCUUUGGAAUUGAAUGAGUGUGCUACUGCCUAUAUUCUUUUGGCCGAAGAGGAAGCAACAACAAUUGUAGAAGCAGAGAAGCUGUUCAAGCAAGCUCUGAAAGCUGGAGAGGGCUGUUACAGGCGCAGUCAGCAGUUACAGCACCACGGUGCCCAGUAUGAAGCCCAACACAGGAGGGACACCAAUGUGUUAGUUUAUAUUAAGAGGAGGCUGGCAAUGUGUGCAAGAAAGCUGGGAAGGACCAGGGAAGCAGUGAAAAUGAUGCGAGAUUUGAUGAAGGAGUUUCCUCUGCUCAGCAUGUUCAACAUCCAUGAAAACCUCCUAGAGGCUUUGUUGGAACUGCAAGCGUAUGCAGAUGUCCAGGCAGUCUUAGCAAAGUAUGAUGAUAUAAGCCUACCAAAAUCAGCAACAAUAUGUUACACAGCUGCAUUGCUCAAAGCCAGAGCUGUCUCUGACAAAUUUUCUCCGGAGGCUGCCUCAAGGCGAGGGCUGAGUACUGCAGAGAUGAAUGCAGUAGAAGCUAUUCAUAGAGCAGUAGAAUUUAAUCCACAUGUGCCAAAAUACUUACUAGAAAUGAAAAGCUUAAUUCUGCCCCCUGAACAUAUUCUGAAGAGAGGGGACAGUGAAGCAAUAGCAUAUGCUUUCUUUCAUCUUCAACACUGGAAAAGAGUAGAGGGGGCAUUGAAUCUCUUACACUGUACAUGGGAAGGCACUUUCAGAAUGAUCCCCUAUCCACUGGAAAAAGGACAUCUUUUCUACCCUUACCCUAUUUGUACAGAAACUGCAGAUAGAGAGCUACUACCAUCAUUUCAUGAAGUUUCAGUUUAUCCCAAGAAAGAGCUUCCCUUCUUCAUCCUCUUCACUGCUGGGCUAUGUUCUUUCACAGCCAUGCUAGCCCUCCUGACACAUCAGUUCCCAGAGCUUAUGGGGGUCUUUGCAAAAGCUGUGAGUAUUCUCUGCUGCUACUCUCUUCUG